AAUUCCUGCGCAGGACAUGCAUAUGUUGGCUGAUCGCUAAUGACGAUACAACAAAUGUUUUUUUAAAAAAAAUUAAAGCGAAAAAUAGUUAAAAGUUUUUAAAAAUGGAUUUAGUAUACAGAGUACCAUUUUUGGUUCUUGAGGUACCAAAUUUAAAAUUAAAAAAACCAUCAUGGUUUGUUAAGCCAAGUGCGAUGGUUGUUUUUUCCAUUAUUCUUUUAUCAUAUUUUAUGGUUACUGGAGGUAUUAUUUAUGAUGUAAUUGUGGAACCACCUAGUGUAGGAUCAACGACUGAUGAACAUGGACAUACACGACCAGUUGCAUUUAUGCCGUAUCGCGUGAAUGGUCAAUAUAUUAUGGAAGGUUUAGCUUCUAGUUUUUUAUUUACUCUUGGAGGACUUGGUUUCAUAAUACUAGAUCAAACACACUCACCGUCAACUCCAAAACUAAAUCGAAUUCUUCUAAUGAGCGUUGGUUUUAUUUGCAUUAUUGUAUCUUUUAUCACUUGCUGGAUUUUUAUGCGUAUGAAACUUCCCGGAUACUUCUAGUGGUAAAUGUGAAGACAAUUAAUUGUCUUCAAGAAUUCCGUGAACGAUUAUCAACGACUUUGGUGAGAUUUUACAUAUAUUCAUCGAUAUUGAUGACUAAAGAAAAAAGAUUAAUUAAUUCACUAUAAAUAUAAGUAAUUUUUUAUCAUAGUUUAACAUUUUAUGAAUAAAAUUUUUUCAAAUUCUUCCCAUAUACUUUACGUAGGUAUCUGUCAGAAAGAUGCUCUUUAUUAAUACAAAGUUAUAUAUUUUUAUUAAAAACUUUCUACUCUACAGUUGAUUUUUAUAAUUUUUUAGUAUCAAUAUUAAGAAAAUUAUGAUCAUAGGAUUUCCAUUUAUAUUUAGAUAAUCACAGCUGCGAUGAUUGAUAAAUUAUUGCUAAAAUAUGAAUAUGUCAUGAUAGUAUAUAAAUAGUAUAAAAUUUUAAGAAUUUAAUACUUUUAAAAAUUUGUAAUUUAUUAAUAAAUUAUAAGAUUUACUAUAAAAACUUACAAAGUUUUUAUAUAAGUACACUGUAAAAAAUUGUGAGAGAAUUCGGAGUGAUUACGGAUUCUAUUUAACUCUGAAUUCAUUCGGAGAUCCAGAGCUUAAAAAAAAAGUCACUCCGUAUAGGGAGUGAUUAUUCAAAGGAGUGAUUUUGGAGUGAUCUGGAUUUUUUUUCAAUUUGCAUUCACUUCGGAUUUAAUCUGCAUUCACUCUGUAAAUUUUUUACAGUGUAAACAUUGAAAAUAUUAAUAAAAAAAGUAGUUAUUAAA